AUGGGGAAACUACAUCAGAUACAUACGUCAAUUUCAUGUUCAUUUGGCUCAUUGCUUACGGGGUUGCUUUAUGUAUGGCCCUCAUAUACGUUAGGGCUGUACACAGACAGCCAUACAACGUUACUUAAGGCGCCAAUGACAGAUUUAGAGGGCUCCUUACUAGGCAGUCUCCCAUCUCUUGGAGCUAUGGUCGGAACUGCUGUAACUGGUAUUGUGAUUGGAAAAUUUGGAAGACAAAAAGGCGGGAUGCUGAUAACUCUGCCUUUUGUGGUAUCAUGGACAAUCGUCAAUCUCUCUUCUACGUCAACGAUGGUCUUAAUAGGAAGGUUCAUUGGAGGAUUAGGUUGCGGCCCUUCCCUCGUCUACGCGCCUAUGUUUAUUUCGGAGAUCGCUGAGGAAUCAAUAAGAGGAGCAUUGGCAUCUGCUCCAGUUGCCUUAUAUUGUAUGGGCAUUCUAAUGUCAUAUAUACUGGGCUGGUACCUGACCUACCAAUACAUUGUGUGGGUGAACCUGGCCUGCAGCGUACUGGGAGUGGCACUUUUGAUGACGGUAACUGAAAGCCCCGUGUACCUUUUGCGGCAGAGCAGAGAAGAAGAUGCCAGACUAGCAAUAGCUCAUUACAGAGGAGAGUCACCAGCAUCCAAAAUAGUUUUGGAGGAACUGUCGCGGCUGAAACAACAGAUAACGCCUGCUGUUGAAUUAAUAGCAAUGAAUGUUGAAGACAACCCUAAAGCAGAAGAAGCGGAGAAGGAAAAGCUCAAUACGGAUGAUGAUUCUCCAGAAAUUAAAACGAAAAUGUCGUCACUUAAAUUAUUAUAUUUAUCGCCAUCGUCACGUCGAGGAUUCAUCGUGGUGGGUUUAUGCCUUGCUAUGCAGGUCAUGAUGGGCAUGGUGCCUGUGCAAGUGUACGCGAAACAGAUUUUCACCAAAGCAGCUCCGAGUCUGUCGUCUCACUUCUGUUCGGUUAUGUUAGCUAUGGUCCUCCUCGUUGGGAGUCUGUCAAGUCUUGUGGUAGCUGACAAGUUUGGAAGAAAGUUCCUUUUGAUAACUUCAUCGAUAAUGGUAGCCCUUUGCCUAAGCUCUAUGGGCAUAUUCCUGCAGACUGGUAUAGUGCCACCGUGGGUGACUGCAGUGCUCAUCUUGGUGUUCUGCUUCUCGUUCAUGUUUGGAGCCGGUAGCAUACCUUACGUAUUGAUCGCUGAAUGUUUCAUGCCAGAGGUGCAAAGUUUAGCGACUACACUAUUAAUGGAAUGGGUGUGGCUUAUCAACUUCUUCAUCAUUGGAGUCUUCCCUUUUAUGAUUAAAUACAUCGGCAUCCACGGUUCUUUCUACACGUUCGCUUGCUUCGCCGUCGCUGACAGCUUAAUUGGUUUCUUCCUUGUACCUGAAACUAAAGGUCUCACCAAAGAUCAAAUACAAGAAACAUUCUUAAGGCGGAAAAAUUAA